AUGAGCUGGGAUUUGGAUAUAAAUACCGUAUUCAAGAAUAUGGAUGCUCCUGUUCUUGAACCAUGGGAAUCCGGCCGGAUCAAUGAAACGAUACCACUUGAUUGGCGCGAUCCAAAAGAGGAUGAAGAUGUUGAUAUCAUGACUUGCAAUAACUCCGGCAAAGCUUUGAUAGUGCCAGAUCCAGUUGAAGAGAGUUCUGGCUCCUUUGGUGAUACAGAACCAAAUGCUGUUCAUGCUUCCUGCGGUGAUCCAGAAGUCCAAUCGCGAAUGUAUGCUGACGUCGAUUCAUCAUCAAUGUGCGAUGAUUGGGAUGAACCACUCCGACAAAGAAGGAAAAAGGUGACUGCUCAUUGGAGAAGGUUCAUAAGUCCUGUUAUGUCACGCUGUAAGUGGAUAGAGUUGAAACUGAAAAAUCUUCAGUCUCAAGCGCGUAAAUACGAAAAAGAGCUUGCGGAACUCGAUCAUGAAAAGCAAGUUGAUUAUGCACACAUAAGAUUAGAUGGAUGUGAAAUCAAAUCAGUACCUAUUUCUGGUCGGAGGGGUAGGAAUAAUGUUAUGAGGAGGAAAAAACAAGAAAGAGUCGAAAAGAAUUGCGAUUUAGCAUCGCAUAUGUCUAACCAUCCUUUAUUCUCCUACAUUGAGAAAGCCAACCGUAACAUCGAUGAUCGUUUGGAAGAUUAUGAUGAAUCUGCCAUAGGUGGUGACUGUGGAAAUAUGUUGAAGUUCAAGUUGGAAGAUGUAGGUAACUAUGAUAAUGAUAAGUCCUGGGAUGGUAUGAUUCAAAAGGUUAUAGCUAUGGAGUCUCAACUUCAAAAUUUGAAAUCUAGACAAGAAAAGGUGAUUAGUGAAAAUCCAGAAAGGUUUUGUUCUGUAAAUCAACCAUCAGAUGGAACUUCAUCGUCACGCGGUGACAAGAUUGUUCCCGAUAUUGAAGCCAUUGAUAGGCCUCGGGACAACAUCGAUGAUGAAGAUCUUACACCGUAUCAUCAGUCAGCCGAGAUAGAAUUGCAUGAAUUAGAAAAUAUUGGAAAUCAAGUGAUAAAUCAACUUGAAUCAAUUAAGGAGAAUGCUGUGCACAAUGUCAAUGUGCUUUCAACUUUGAAAUCAUGUUCUGCAUUAAAAUCGAAUAUCCCUAGAAACAAAAGGAAACAAAAGAAUAUAUCCGGUGAAAAGAGGUCAAGGAUGUCUGAUUAA